GACACAACGAGGUUAUUGAGAUGUAUUUUGAGUUUUUGUUUUUCUAGUUCUACCAGGUUUCUUAUGUGUCGCGACAUGACGAGUGACAAUAAUUUACUCAUUACUUAUAUGUAAAUGAACUAAUAUUUAACCAUUAAUAAAUGCAUUAUUAAAUGCAUUUUAAUUUUAAGUGCACAGAGCAAAUAUUUUCAUUGUCCCAGAAGGAUGGUUGACCCCAUGUUUGACUACCAAUUUAGGUUAAUUCUAAUUGGUGAUAGCACAGUGGGCAAAAGCUCCCUUUUAAAGUACUUCACAGACGGCAGAUUUUCAGAGGUCUCUGAUCCAACUGUUGGGGUAGAUUUCUUCGCUAGACUAAUUGAAGUUCAAAAUGGUGCAAAAAUAAAGUUACAGUUAUGGGAUACUGCAGGCCAAGAAAGGUUUCGUUCCAUAACCAAGUGUUACUACCGAAAUUCAGUUGGUGCUCUUUUAGUUUACGAUGUCUGCAACCGGACGAGUUUUGAAAAUAUACCCCUAUGGAUGGCGGAAGCCAAGAAUCACAUUGAACCUCAUCGGCCUGUUUUUGCAUUAGUUGGUUGUAAGUUGGAUUUAGUCAAAACAGGAACUCCACGCCAGGUUUCUGAAGAAGAAGUCAGAGAAUUUGCAAUGCAAUAUGAUUUAUUCCAUAUAGAGACAUCAGCAAAAACAGGGUACAAUGCUGAAAAAGCAUUCGCUGUAGUAGCUCAAGAGAUUUACAGUCGUAUCCAGAAUGGAGAAUACAAAGUCGAAGAGGGGUGGGAUGGCAUAAAACCUGGCUUUGUCGGUCUAAACACUAGAACAACAGAUUAUAACUACUUGGAAGCGGAAGCUGCGAGAGCAAGCUUUUGUUGCUAGCUCCUAAGAACUGUCCUUUUCAAAUCUGACCUCUUCAUGUAGGUAUUUGCUUUUACUUAUGUACAAUGUAAAUAUGAAAGAAAAAUCAAGCAAUUGCGCGAUGCAUUUUCUGAGGUGUCUCAUGUUGUAACAUCUGAGAGGCAAAAUUCUGUGAUCUCGGCAAUUCUCAGAUUUUUUUUUUGGUUUUGGUGAUGAAGAAUAAUGUAUCUCUUUUUUGUAAUCGAACCCGUUUAUUCAAAAGAAGACUUUUUACAAGAAGAGAUUGAAGGUAGAACGUAUCUGUAUAAGAUAAGGAUUAGGUAUCAGAAUUGUAGUUUUGAGACUGGGAUGAAGUUGAUGCUCGUGCAAUCCUCAAUAUCUUUGGCUAUUAAUGAAAGAAGUUGAAAAACUUGUAAAAUUCAAAAUGAAAUCACCUAAAAAACUGUUAAUACCUAUAUCCUAAUGAGAAAAGCCUUUUUGCUCUUUUUAAAUGUAAAAAUGCCACCUUGCAAUUUUACAAGGUUUUUCAUCUCUUUAUUUCAGUAAAUUUUACCAAAUAUUUGUCAUUAAUUUUUUGUACUAGAAUUUUAGUUUUUCAUAUCGCAUAUUUUGCAGUUACUGCUGUAUCUACCAUCAAUAUGAGCAAUUCUUACAUUUCAACAAAAUUUUGACGCCAAUUUUUUUUAAUGUAAAUUUCAUACAAAUUUUUACUGAAGAAAGAACAGAAAAGGUUUCUGAACUUGCGCAUGGUAAUAAUUUUUUAAAUUCCAAAUUCAACUGUUAAUGAUAUUCUAUGAGGCUUCCACCCUUGUCAAUAGUAUUCUAGGUCAAAGAUUAAGUCAAUCCCUACCAAACUGUAAUGUGGUUGCAAUAAUAAUACUUGCAGUGAGCAAUCGAAUCAACCAAAUUCAAUUUAAGUUUGCCCAAUUGAACCUAAAAUGUCAAAUGAAAUGUUUAGAAAUUUCCUCACUAGGAAAGUAUUGAGGAAGGUACACCGUGGGUUUGUUCUACUUGAGUCAACCAAUCCCUAGUCAAUAAACUCAGGUUUAUUACCAAGUUUGUUUGAAUCAACUUUUUUACCUGGUUGUGCAUUCAACUGUGCACAAAAUACUUAUUAUUCAAAAGGAAGUACUCUAAAAGUUAUGCAGGCACAAGAGAGCUUGCAGUCUCAUUUCACAUUUUUAAGUCCCAGAAGUUUUUUGUACAAUAUAACUGUAUGCAGGGAAAAGGACCUUCUUGAACACCAGAGAAAUUUCCAUAAGAGAGAUUUUUGUCAGGAAGUUAGGUCGAAUAAUCAUACUUUAAGAUUUGAAUGAAAAACUCUCUCGUGUCCCAAAAAAUGUGCAAGUGGUUUUAAGUAGUUCAUUUUUGUGCAAACAGAGAGAUUAUAGUUGCAUUCUAAUCCGGCAUUACAGUUCUUUAAACAUGGAUUUUGAAACUUUAAAUUGCUUCCUUUAAAAAAGGCCUUUUUGUAACAGUGAACUUCAAACUCUCAUGAAUCUGGUCCAGUUGAGUAUUUCUAAAUAGUUUCUGUCUCAAAUUGCUCAUAGAACUCUUCUUGUACUCUGGUAUCAAUAGCUUAAGUUUUAGUUUUUGUGGGCUCAAGUCCCUUUUCAUGUGGAUGGUCUCUCCAACGAUUUGUUGCAAAGGCAGUGUUGAGUAUUGUAACAGUAGGAUAAUGGAAUCCACCAAAGAAAGACUAAAAAGAAAUAGUAUUUCAGGCUUUGUUCGUAACCUGAAACAAAGCUUGGCCAAUAUUUUUUCGCAUCCGUAAAUCUUUGUCAUUUAAUUGAGGAAUAAAAAACAAAAAACCGCAAAAAAUUGGUUUCUGUCACAUUGGCUUUGACCGAAAACUCUAUUUUAACCAUGUCAGACAACCGAAGCGUCAGAAAAUUAGUGGUUGGGUAAUCGACAUACUCCGUUAUAUUUUUCCUGUGUGCGUUAAACUGCAACAAUAAUCAAAUAUUUAAUUUUUUUUUUUAAAUAUUAUCUUCAUUAUAUAUUUUUUUUAUUUAAAUAUUUUUUAUUACUUUUAUUUUACUUUAACAGUUUGAGAAAUUUCCAUAAGAUUUUUUUUACUGGCACAUUGUACACCUAGCUUCAUGUUUGAGUACAAAAAAAGCAGUUUUGUAUAUUUCUCUUUCUCUAACAUACUUAAAAUGUAACCAUUUGAUGAACAUAUGCCUGGCAGAACAAUUCAACCUAUUUGCCAAUUUAAUGUAAAUGUACUUCUUCGCGAAGCAUAGGCAGGAAAUUGCCUCUUUAUCACAACCCUGCUCUACUGCCUCAAUGAUUGUGAGGCACCUAGUUAUGGAGAUGUACAUGACUUGCAAAUCAAGCUAUUUUUAUUUGAGUCAAAAUACGUCAAUGAAAAUAAAAUCCAGAAAACGAUCAAUUAGAUAACUUUUCUCAAAAAGUGAAUGAACUACAUUUUGAAAUAAGGAACUACUUUUUUUGGCUCAUCCAUAAAACCACCCAUCUAUUGAAAAAAGUAAUGGCAUUUAUGGUGUUUCUAAACGUAACCAGACAUUGUAGUUCCUCAUUGCAGGAGGUUUUUUUUUCUUUUUUGGUAACUUACCAUUUUAAGCAUCUGAAAAAUGAUGAAAUUAUAAGUUUCAUUUCACUUUUAAUGUAGUCAAUUUUUUUACUGUUACUUCAAGAAGGUUAUAAAAGUAUACCCAUUAUUUACUAUUUAAGUGUACAUUUAACAAUGAGUUUCAGUCUGGAUUAGGACUUCUCUCUGCACACUUCUUGACCAGCAAUUUAGUUUUAAAGUUUUGGAGUGUAUAACCCUGCUAUGCCAGCAGAAAAUUUAGUCUGGUGCAAGUUUGUCUGCAAAAUUUAGUCUUAAUGCAAAAAACAAAAAUUAAAUAAUAAAAAAUCCGAAAAAUAUGUAUCAAAUGCCCAAAAGUAAUGAAGCCAUCUGAUGAAGUUAAGUAAAAAUCAGUGUCCUAAUGACACUCCUUAAUUUUUCUUAUUGGAGAAAGUUUCAGCCUUCAAAUAUGCAUUGUCAAUUCGGGUAAUUUUACUCAACUCAUCCAAUUUAUUAUUUAUUCUUCAAAUUGAUUCUUAAAAUCAAGCAAAAUCUCUUCCAAAUGGAGCUCUUGCAUGCCCCAGGAAUUGGAGAUUUAAGUACUGUUUCUCAUGUAAAAUUUGAUUGCCGUGAUUUAGGCUGUAAAGACCCAAAACAAAGUGGCAACAUUGCUAAUGUAUUUGUUCUCUAUGUAUGAAAGGAGAGUUUAACGGGACAUUUCUCACUGUAACGUAAAUGUCAAGUUUAGAGGAAACCUGUGGCACCAUCAUGUUUCUCGCAAAAUUUUACUCACGGAUGAGUACUAAAAUUUCUAAUUCCUGUGGCAUGUGUUAGCUCCACUCAUCUGUUUGCCCUUAUCAGAUUUGAUAUUAGGUAACGAAAAUUAUUUUCUAAUACAUACUGGCUCUAGAAUCUAGAGCAGUGAUUUUCAAUGGAGCACUACAACAAUUAUUUUUUAGAAGCCGUUUACCACUUUGGAAUGUCGGGUUAGGAGGCAUUACUGUUAAUUGUACAUCUAAAUAUUUGUUGUUUCUUUAGCUUUUUUAAUGUUUUUUAGUCAUACCUUUACUCUCACUCAUUUGUUAUCAUAAAGAACAAAAAAAAAAAAAAAA